UGCUCUCAAAGGCCUUCCGGAAGCAACCCGGGGAGACGGAGCGCUCAGCUUUCCUGGAAUUACACGCGCACAUACACACACAGGACGCAGACUACGCACGCGGCACAGGAAGGACCCGUGGCUGGGUUUCUUUCAUCUGCCUCCACCUGGAAAGCUCCUUCUCACCAUCUCUGCCCAUUACAAGGACACCUUUCCUACUUACUUUCCCGACGGCCUUACCGGCUGCGUUGACUUCGGCUGCCCAACACCUCGGGAGGCCCCGCCGCUAGGUGACCGCGGCCGCUCGCUCUCCGUCCGCCCAGGCCCGAACGGCCGACCGCGCAUGCGCACGGCGCCGCUCCCCGCCCCCACCGCGCGCCCGCGCCCGCGCCCAACGCCCCUAACACGGCCCGCCGGGCCAUGGAACCCGCCGAAGUUGGCACGGUUCGAGCUCUCCCGUUCGCUCGCUUGGGCGCCUUCCCCCCGUGAGGCCCGCGGGCGCUCGGCCGGGGCUCGGCGGCCGCCCGAGCCGCUCCGCCCGCCUCCGCCGCUCGGCCGGGUGCGCGCCGCGCCCCCGCGCCCGGUCCCCGCGCGUGCGCGCUCCGCCGAGUGUAUGUGUGUGAGUGUGUGUGCGGCCGAGGGGUGGGCCGCCGCCGCCGCCGCCGCCGCCGACGAUGCCGCGGGGCCGCCCCCCGAAGCCCAAGGAGAGCAAGGCGCGCGGCGACACCGCGGUUCUCAGAGUUGGUUCAUGGACCCCUGGGAGUUCUGGAGACAGUUUCAGGCAUCUGCAAGAUGGAGUUUUAACAUUGAAUGCGGAGAACACUAAUUAUGCCUAUCAAGUUCCAAACUUCCAUAAAUGUGAAAUCUGUCUGCUAUCUUUUCCAAAAGAGUCCCAGUUUCAACGCCACAUGAGGGAUCACGAGCGAAAUGACAAGCCACAUCGAUGUGACCAGUGCCCCCAAACCUUUAAUGUUGAGUUCAACUUGACACUUCACAAAUGUACCCACAAUGGGGAGGAUCCCACCUGUCCCGUGUGUAACAAGAAAUUCUCCAGAGUGGCUAGUCUCAAAGCACAUGUUAUGCUGCAUGAGAAGGAAGAGAACCUCAUCUGCUCUGAGUGUGGGGAUGAGUUCACCCUGCAGAGCCAGCUGGCCGUCCACAUGGAGGAGCACCGCCAGGAGCUGGCUGCGAGCCGGACUCACGCCUGCAAGGCCUGCGGGGAGGGGUUCGAGACGCCACCGCAGCUGAAGGAGCACAUGAAGACUCACUAUAAAGUUAGGGUGUCAAGUACAAGGUCUUAUAAUCGGAACAUCGACAGGAGUGGAUUCACGUAUUCAUGCCCACACUGUGGAAAGACGUUCCAAAAGCCAAGUCAGUUAACUCGGCAUAUUAGGAUACACACAGGUGAAAGACCAUUUAAAUGUAGCGAAUGUGGAAAAGCUUUUAACCAGAAGGGGGCGCUGCAAACUCACAUGAUUAAGCAUACAGGUGAAAAACCCCACGCCUGUGCCUUUUGUCCUGCCGCUUUUUCUCAGAAAGGGAAUCUCCAGUCACACGUGCAGAGAGUUCACUCAGAGGUCAAGAGUGGCCCUACCUAUAAUUGUACAGAAUGUAGUUGUGUAUUUAAAAGUUUAGGUAGCUUGAACACUCAUAUCAGCAAGAUGCAUAUGGGUGGGCCACAGAAUUCAACAAGUGCUGCAGAGACUGCUCACGUUUUAACGGCCACGCUGUUCCAGACUUUACCUCUUCAGCAGACGGAAGCCCAGGUCGCGUCUGCUCCGAGUCAGCAGAGUUCCCAGGCGGUGGCCGAUGUCAUCCAGCAGCUGCUGGAGCUGUCGGAGCCGGGGCCUGCGGGGUCCAGCCAGCCGCCUCAGGCUGCCCAGCAGCUGAGCAUCACGGUGGGGGUCAGCCAGGACAUCCUGCAGCAAGCCUUAGAAAACAGUGGGCUGUCUUCAAUUCCAGUUGCAGCGCAUCCCAGCGACCCCAGCCACGCCAAGGCCGCGGCUGCUCAGGGCCAGACUCCAGACGCUCCCAGCGUUUCAAGGGAGCCAGCUGACCCUGCGGCCGCAGAGCGAGAAGAAGAACAGGAGACCACAGAGAAGUCGGAUAAAAAAGAAAAAAAGAUUGUAAAGAAGAAAUCACCGUUUCUACCUGGGUCGAUCCGCGAGGAGAACGGUGUGCGGUGGCACGUGUGUCCCUGCUGCACCAAGGAGUUCCGCAAGCCCAGCGACCUGGUGCGCCACAUACGCAUCCACACCCACGAGAAGCCCUUCAAGUGCCCACAGUGCUUCCGGGCCUUCGCCGUGAAGAGCACGCUGACGGCCCACGUCAAAACGCACACGGGCAUCAAGGCGUUCAAGUGCCACUGCUGCAUGAAGAGCUUCUCCACCUCGGGAAGCCUCAAGGUGCACAUUCGCCUGCACACAGGAGUCAGACCUUUUGCUUGUCCCCACUGUGACAAGAAAUUUCGAACCUCAGGCCACAGGAAGACUCACAUUGCUUCUCACUUUAAACACACGGAGUUAAGAAAGAUGAGACACCAGCGUAAACCUGCAAAGGUCCGUGUCGGCAAGGCGAGCGCUCCGGUCCCCGAUAUCCCCUUGCAGGAGCCGAUCCUCAUAACGGACGUAGGUCUUAUCCAGCCCAUUCCAAGAAACCAGCUUUUUCAAAGUUAUUUUAAUAAUAAUUUUGUAAAUGAAGCAGAUAGACCAUACAAGUGUUUUUACUGUCAUCGUGCCUAUAAAAAAUCUUGCCAUCUUAAACAACACAUCAGAUCACAUACAGGUGAAAAGCCUUUUAAAUGUUCUCAGUGUGGAAGAGGCUUUGUUUCUGCAGGAGUGCUCAAAGCACACGUCCGAACGCACACUGGACUUAAAUCUUUCAAGUGUCUGAUAUGUAAUGGAGCUUUCACUACUGGUGGUAGCUUACGGCGACAUAUGGGCAUCCAUAACGACCUUCGUCCCUAUAUGUGUCCCUAUUGCCAGAAAACAUUUAAGACCUCACUAAAUUGCAAAAAGCACAUGAAAACCCAUAGAUUUGAGCUUGCCCAGCAGCUCCGGCAGCACCAGCAGGCCUGCCCGAUAGAUGACGGCGCCGUGGACCAGCAGGGCAUGCACGUGCCCACCCAGGUGCAGGUGGAGAUUGAGAACGCCGCGCUGCAGCCGACCGCUGAGGCCGUGGCCGACAACCCCGGGGCCGUGCUGGACCUGGGGCCGCCCGCCGGCGUGGAGGCGGGGCUCGGCCAGCAGAUGGCGGGUCAGCCUUUGGAAGCAGAUGAAGACAGGCUUGUGGUCCCGCAGCGCACCCUGGAGGGGCACGUGGGCCAGUACGAGCAGCAGGCCCCCCCGCCGCAGCCCUUCGAGCCAGCGGGCCUGUCACAGGGUUUUACAGUGACUGAUGCAUACAAUCAACAGACUCAGUUUCCACCCGUCCAACAGUUACAAGAUUCUAGCACACUGGAGUCUCAAGCCCUGUCCACGAGCUUCCAUCAGCAGAACUUACUUCCGGUUCCUAGCUCUGAUACCAUUAAUGUAGCAAGUCGUUUGAUUCAGGAGUCAUCCCAGCAGGAGCUGGAGCUGCAGGCGCCACGUCCCCCGUUCCUGGAGGACAGCGAGGAGCAGAGCCGGCGCUCCUACAGAUGUGACUAUUGCAACAAAGGCUUUAAGAAGUCCAGCCACUUGAAGCAGCACGUGCGGUCACACACCGGGGAGAAGCCCUACAAGUGCAAGCUCUGUGGACGUGGCUUCGUUUCCUCUGGGGUCCUCAAGUCCCACGAGAAGACACACACAGGAGAAAAGGCGUUCAGCUGCAGCGUCUGCAACGCUUCCUUCACAACCAACGGCAGCCUCACCAGGCACACGGCCACGCACAUGAGCGUGAAGCCCUACAAGUGUCCGUUUUGCGAGCAGGGUUUCCGAACCACAGUUCAUUGUAAAAAGCACAUGAAGAGGCACCAGACAGUCCCCUCGGCUGGGUCAGCACCGGGAGAGGCAGAAGGAGGAGAGAUGGGUCUGGAGGAAGAGGAAGACAGUUCUGAAAAAAAUGUGUCUAGAAAGGCUCGUCCCGAGGUCAUCACCUUCACAGAGGAGGAGACGGCACAGCUGGCCAAGAUUCGGCCGCAGGAAAGUGCCACCGUCUCAGAGCAGGUGCUGGUGCAGUCGGCCGCCGAGAAGGACCGCAUCAGCGAGAUGAAGGACAGGCAGGCAGAGCUGGAGGCUGAGCCCAAGCACGCCAACUGCUGCUCCUACUGCCCCAAGAGCUUCAAGAAGCCCAGCGACCUGGUCAGGCAUGUUCGAAUCCACACUGGAGAAAAGCCAUAUAAAUGCGAUGAAUGUGGGAAGAGUUUCACUGUUAAAUCUACCCUAGACUGCCAUGUGAAGACUCACACAGGUCAGAAGCUCUUCAGCUGCCACGUCUGCAGCAACGCCUUCUCCACCAAGGGGAGCCUGAAGGUUCACAUGCGUCUGCACACAGGAGCAAAGCCGUUCAAGUGUCCCCACUGUGAGCUGCGUUUCCGCACGUCUGGGCGGAGGAAGACUCACAUGCAGUUUCACUACAAACCGGACCCCAAGAAAGCCAGGAAGCCCGGGCCCCGGGGGCCGCCGGAAGGGCCGCAGCCCGUGAGCGCGCCCCCUCCGCCCUCCUCCGACCCCAGCGUGUUCAUCAUGAACAGCCCCGUGCUGGCGGGGCAGCUGGACCAGAGUCUGCUGCAGCAGGGCCUGCUGGGGCAGGCCGUCCUUCCCGCCUCCGUGUCCGCUGGUGGCGACUGGACAGUGUCUUUGACAGAUGGAAGCCUGGCCACCCUCGAGGGCAUACAGUUACAGCUGGCUGCUAACUUGGUUGCACCCAGCGUUCAAAUCUCUGGGAUCGACGCUUCCAGCAUUAAUAAUAUCACGCUACAGAUUGACCCAAGCGUCCUGCAGCAGACGCUACAGCAGGGUAACCUGCUUGCUCCGCAGCCGACCUCGGAGCCCGGCCUGGCCCCGCAGCACAGCUCCCUUCAGACACCAGACAGUACGGUCCCGGCCAGCGUGGUCCUCCAGCCCAUCUCAGGCCUGUCCUUGCAGCCCACGGUGACGUCUGCCAACCUGACCAUAGGCCCGCUCUCGGAGCAGGAUUCCGUGCUGACCACCAGCAGCAGUGGGACGCAAGACCUCUCUCAGGUGAUGACAUCACAAGGCCUGGUGUCCACCUCCAGUGGCCCCCACGAGAUCACCCUGACCAUUAACAACUCGAGCCUGAGCCAGGUGCUGGCGCAGGCUGCUGGGCCCACCGCUGCGUCGUCCUCGGGGUCGCCGCAGGAAAUUACCCUGACCAUCUCCGGUCAAGAUCUUAUACAGCACAGUUCUAAUGGAAGUAGUGAACUGAACGGAAGCAUAAGAUUAUCAGCACCUGCAAUCAAUAAUCAAUCUACGGGUGCCACCUUGACCAUAAGCAAUGAUCAACUUCUCUCACAGAGUGCAACAUUAAACGCUUCAGAACUUAAUGCCACAGCUGGAAGCCUGCCUUUGACAACACCCAUGUCCCCGUCUGCCACAUCUGCCCAGAACCUGGUCAUGUCCUCAUCGGGAGUGGGGGGAGAGGCCAGCGUCACGCUGACCCUGGCUGACACUCAGGGUUUGCUCUCCGGGGGGCUGGACACGGUCACGCUGAACAUCGCUUCUCAGGGUCAGCAGUUCCCAGCCUUGCUCACGGACCCCGCUCUCUCGGGCCCUGGGGGUGCGGGCUCGCCCCAGGUCAUUCUGGUGAGCCCCACUCCACAGCCGUCGGCAGCCUGUGAAGAAAUCACCUAUCAGGUGGCGGCCGCGUCCCCUAGCCGGGCCCAGGGUGGGCAGCCCGGGAAGGAGGGCCGGCUGCACCAGUGCCUGGAGUGUGGCCGCACCUUCGCCUCGGCCGCCCUGCUGCUGCACCACAGCAGGGAGCUGCACGGCCGGGAGCGCAUCCACGUCUGCCCCGUGUGCAGGAAGGCCUUCAAGCGCGCCACGCACCUCAAGGAGCACAUGCAGACACAUCAAGCCGGUCCUUCCUUGAGCUCUCAGAAGCCGAGGGUGUUCAAAUGUGACACUUGUGAGAAGGCGUUUGCCAAACCAAGCCAGCUGGAGCGACACAGCCGCAUCCACACAGGUGACCACGCGGCGGGACCCUGGUUUAGCAGUCUUUGCCGCAAGCCGCUGGUUGGGGAGCGGCCGUUCCACUGCACCCUCUGCGAGAAGGCCUUCAACCAGAAGAGCGCGCUGCAGGUGCACAUGAAGAAGCACACGGGGGAGCGGCCCUACCGGUGCAACUACUGCGUCAUGGGCUUCACGCAGAAGAGCAACAUGAAGCUGCACAUGAAGCGGGCCCACAGCUACGCGGGAACCUUGCAGGAGCCCGGCAGCGCCCAGGAGCACGGAGGGGAGGUGCUGAGCCGUGUUCUCCACCUGGACGAGGUGGUGCCCGAACCCGCGAGCGAGUGGCAGACCCUGGCCAACGUGUUCUGACGCAGCCUGACCCUGAGGACAUUUCCAGAACGAAGUGUGGAGAAGAACAAAACACUUGGGAUUUCUGUUUCGAAGCCUGAAGUGUUAAAAAUGUUACCACAAUAGCUAUAAAAUUUUUAGCUAUAAAAUUAUCUAAAGAAUCAUUGACUUUCAGAGACUUCAGGAAGAAAGCUGGGAAAGAUGGAAGCACGUUGCUGUCGUUCAUCUGCAAAUCACUGAACUCAGGUACUACAUCAGCAGUCUCACCUACUCCGUGGCCAGUGCGUCUAGUUAAAAAGAAAUUAACUGGAUCUUACUCUCAUUGUAGUGUGAUUUCUUUGUAUUAGCAAAGACACAAGUUAACGUGGAAAAACCCAGAUAGGUUUUCCUUCAUGCUUUCUGUUAUAAGAAGCAUAGCUCAUGAAACAAACAUAAGAUAGGUGCAUGAAGUUCGGAAAAAAUGUUACAACACGCAGGGAAGUUUUUUCCAUCUUCUUCUCUGUGAAUUUUGAAAUUAGUAGAAAUUGACUCUAACUUUUAGUCUACCAUAAGUUAAUAUAACUAGUACCUUGAGAGGUGGCUGGACCAGUUCUCUCUCCAUUACAAAUAUCUAAUCAUUAGUGACAGGAAUGCAGCGUCGGGGGCGUGCACCCGGGGAGUAGAGCAAGCCUGACACACAGGUGAGGAUCCGGCUGUCCGCGCGGGCUGAUGCCACGCGCGCUGCCCGAGCUGAUACUCGGGUACACGGGUCGGCUGCCACAGAAAGCACAAGCCAUGCGCUGCAGGUCAGAAAUCACAGAAUGGUCUCCUGGGAACAAAGGGACUGCAGCCCUGUCCGCCUCAGUAAUUAAGAGCGUAUUUGUACUUUGAGGGUAAGAACCUGUACGAGCCCCAUGGUUUUCUCUUCGUGCAUAAGCAGGUGUAUUUUUUAUUUCAGGGAAUUCUUUAGUAUCAUCAAUGGUGCCACGUUGAACAUGUCCCAAACCAAAUCCUUCCCCACCCUGGGGCAGAGUGUGUGUCGUUCCCACAGCAUUCCAAAGAUGGAAACUUCUUUACUUCAUGUGAAUCUCUCCUUUGAAAUUAUUUAUAUGUUCUGUAUAUAAAUACAUAUGUACAUAUACAGAUAUAUGGGCCUCUGUGUGGCCGAACAGUAUAUUUUGUAAAUAAGCACUAGUCCCAGUUACAGAGAGAGCGACAGAGUUUUUACCUCCCAACGAGCACUUCAGAUCAGUAUUGUAUUCGUUUUAUUAAUAAAUGGAUAUCCUUGUCAUUGUGACAUAAAGCUGGGGUUGGUUUUUUGUUUUUGUUUUUCCUGAAAAAUAAUCGCCUUUAUUUUCUCUCUCAUUGCCUCGCUGGUUUCAGAAGAGAGCAGUUUUAUUAUAUAAAUAUUGUGUGGACUUUGUAUAUUAAGAGAGGAGCUCAUUUCAGAUUCCUGAAGAAAGAGACAUUUCACUGUUAUUUUUUGAAGGGGCAUCUUUUGAUUUUUUGUUGUUGUUCACACUUCUGGCAUAUGUAUAUAAGUAAUAUUGAUAGUGAUAUAAAACCUUUUGUUAUGUGAAAAUAUUUAAGUCAGAAAACUGUUAAAUAAUAUUACUUUUUUUUUUUCAAACUGCUUUAUGUAUUGUAUAUUUUUUUAAGGGAGAAAAAAAAAAAAGCCUUAUUUGACUUAUUCUUGUGAUGCUGGACUUGUAUAUCCUGAGGUUUUUCUUGGAUGUCAGUGUGUAUACCUGGCUGCAGUCUGUUAUUCAGAAUAAUUGUAAUUGCGCCAGAGUUUAAAGGUUCUGCUUUUAAUGCACUUUUCUUUUAUAAUUUUGUAUUAAACUAUUUUAGAAAUGUUGAUUAAUUUUGGUGAACAAAUAUCUCCAAAGUUGAAAUGAUUGAAAUCUUAAAAAUUUUGUUCUUGCUAGGUUAUUUAUUUUGGUUUCAGCAUUAAAUGUCAUCUCAGGUCAGUCUCUAAAAGGGGUUUGUUUAAUUCCUAAUUCUAUAGAAAGCAUAUAGUUCAGUGAAUUGUAUUGGUGCACUGCCCAAGUAAGGCCUUACCAGGUGAAUCUAAAGCCUACUUUUAUUUUGGUUAAAGAAAAAAAAAAAAAUCUAUCAAUAAUUCGUUUUGUGAGUUUUCUCAGUUUAUUAUCAGGCAAACACAAGACAUUAAUGUAUUCUUUUGAUUUACUUCCUAAUUAUAAAAGCUGCUUCUUUGCAAGACAUUCCUUGAAAAAUAAGGUUUUGUAAAGACAUAAUAUCACUUGAACUUUUUGGUGGAGUGGAGUACAGGUUGAUCUUUAUACUUUACUGGUUGAUAAAAAGUCUUCUGACAAGAGAUUUCUAGUCUCCUGCAUAACCAGGGUUUUGAGGAUAGAUAAUUGUAUUUUUAAAAAUAUCUCAUCAUAGCGUAUCUGCUUUGGAAAUAACAAUAAAUAAAAAAUGAAGUU